GCGGCCGCCGGCUUCCACGUGGACGUGGUGGUGACGGGCGCCGUGGACGAGUGCGUCUUCCUGGGCCAGGACAGCAGCAAGGCGGCCACGGAGGAGACGGUGUCGCUGGCGGCGGGCGACGGGCCGCGGGACGAGCCGCCGCCGCUGCCGCCGCCGCCGGGGCAGCUCUUCCUGCUGCCGCAGGACGACGACGAGGAGGACGAGGAGGACGAGGAGGCCGAGGGCGGCGGCGAGGGCGGCGAGAAGGCGCCGGCGGACCCGUCGCUCUGCCGCCUGUACCGCCACGUGUCGCACGACUUCCUGGAGAUCCGCUUCAAGGUGCAGCGGCUGCUGGAGCCGCGGCGCUACCUGCAGCUGCUGCCCGCGCACGUCCUGGUCAAGAUCUUCAGCUACCUGCCCACGCGCGCCCUGGCCGCCCUCAAGUGCUGCUGCCACCACUUCAAGGGCGUCAUCGAGACGUUCGGCGUGGAGGGCAGCGACUCGCGCUGGAACCGGCACCCGCGCUACCGCGACGACCCGUGCAAGCAGUGCCGCAAGCGGUACGCGCGCGGCGACGUCUCGCUCUGCCGCUGGCACCCCAAGCCCUACCACCACGACCUGCCCUACGGCCGCUCCUACUGGCUCUGCUGCCACCGCGGGGAGCGCGCGGCGCCCGGCUGCCGCCUCGGGCUGCACGACAACGACUGGGGGGCGCCCGGGGGACACGGCGGGGGACAGCGGCGCGAGGACGCCUGA